GUAACAAGGAUACGAAAAUAAUUUUUAUUUGUUCACGCCGUUUCAGAUUGCCAAAAGAAAUGGCUCAGCCCCACCGCAAACCUAUUUUUGGCAAAGAAGUCGCCGUUAAUGCAAAGAAGAUGAAAAUGGGAGAUCCUGGCUUGGGCAACGACUCAAACGAAACACGCAUAGCCGUUCCGGCUGUCCAAGUCAGCGCUGGACUAACCAAACCAAAAAGCCGAGGCAAAAACUGGAAGACUCUGCUAGAUUGCUUGCAAAAGAAUAAUGGGACCAUUCGUCUUUCCAGCAAAACCUUUGACGAAGAUAGUGAUAAUAGUGAGGAAGAGGAAAAAAGUGACAGUGACAGUGAUGAGGAUAAGGAAAAUAGCGAUCCUGGUGGCAAAACUUUCAGUAACGUUUUUGGCGAUAUGUCCUCAUCCACAUUAGAUACCAGUGACUUGUUUCCUACAAUGGAACCAGACGAUCUAAACAUUACGGGUUCAAUUCUUUUUGCAAGUGCUGAUGACAAGCAGAGGUUCCUCCACUCUGUUGCGCAGGAUGGCAAGAAAUACUUACGCCGCAUAAUGCUAUUAAAAGCUGGAUGCUUUGGAGGAGUUUUGAACGAAGAGCUCGACGAAAACGGCACAUACAACAACAACAUCAAAGCCAGUUCUGAUAAUGUUAAUGGUGACACGACAGUGCCUCUUUGCUUUUUUGACAAUUAUCUUUCAGACUUUAAUUAAACCUAUCACCAUUACCAUCAACCUAAA